AUGGCUGCGCCCGGCGCGUACCGGUGCAUCGAGUGCCACGGGGAGGCCACGGAGCUGUACAGGGACUACCAGCGCGGCGUGCUACGCAUCUCCAUCUGCAAAUCCUGCCAGAAGCCCGUGGAUAAAUACGUUGAGUAUGAUCCUGUUAUCAUCUUGAUUAAUGCUAUUUUAUGUAAAGCGCAAGCAUACAGACACAUUCUUUUCAAUACAAAGAUAAAUAUUCACGGAAAGCUCUGCAUAUUUUGUUUGCUCUGUGAAGCUUACCUUAGGUGGCUCCAACUACAGGAUUCAAGCCAAAAUAUAGAUCCUGAUGACUUAAUCAGAUAUGCCAAGGAAUGGGAUUUUUACAGAAUGUUUGGCAUAGCUUCUUUAGAACAAACUUCAUUUUUAGUUGGCAUUUUUAUUGCCUUGUGGCAGAUGAGACCUGAGAUGCUGAAAACGAAGUCUGACUUCAUUUUACUUCUGAAAGCCCUGCUGUUGUCUAGCUAUGGAAAGCUCUUGCUAAUUCCAGCUGUCAUUUGGGAACACGACUACACACCGUUGUGCCUCAUGCUUAUAAAAGUAUUUGUCUUGACAUCAAACUCUCAAGCAAUUAGAGUUACAUUAAACUUAAACCGGACGCUGCCUUGGUUGGCCAUCUUCAUUGGAUUAGUUUUGGAAAAUGGUGUAGUCUGCUUGUUCCAGAAGAUGGGAUGGAAUGUUUGAAAAAUCAGUCCAGAUCUAAAGAAAACCCAGCACAUGCUCUUGGUUGAUCUUUGCCAACAUUUCAAAGGAUGAUCUCUGCUAGUGGUCCCAAAGUCACUAUUUUCAUAGUGAUGAAGAAAAUGAUAGGUAACACAUUUUCGUUGGUGGUUUGCUGGAGACAGUUCUAGGAUAAAUUAAAAUGAGAAACUGCAGAACUUCAGCCAUUUAAUGUGAUGAGACAUAAAACUUCAACUUUAGCUUGUUUAUUUUCCCAUCAAAAAUAUGAAUGUGUCACUAUCUUAAGAGCUUCAUAAAUCUGGCUGUAUAGCUGUGGCUGUAGCAAGAAAGGUACACUGAAAUAAAAAAUCCAACACUGCUACCAUGCAUUUUGGCAGAAAGAGGGGGAUGAAUUGUUCCUUUAAGAAAAAGAAAAUCAAUCAGUAGGAAAAAUGCAAAAAACAAAACUGAUACUUCUACAAAAGUUGAUUUUCAGAGGGAGAAAUGAACACACACAAACAGAUCGUUUGAGAAAAGACAAGUAUUGUAAAGAGUAAAACUACAGUCAGAAAACUAGGUUGUAUUCUCUGGAACGUCUAAAGAACAAUCCAAAAUAAUAAAAUACCAAGUUCUAGAGUAAUCUCUAGGAGUUAUGGUUUUAAUUAUCUUCAUUUCAUUUUUUUUAUAUGAUCUUGUAAAUCCUACUGCACUGUUCUGAAAGAUGGAGAGGAGAGGACUCUGAGGUCCAACAUGCAUAAAAAGUGUUGCAGCUUCUGCUGCAGUUAAUAUUAAUCCAUCUCCCCUCAAAGCAGCCCUUACUGACAGCUGGCUGAGUGGAAGCACAAAGGGACGUAUGAGGCUGCCUAGCAGAGUUCUUCUGUGGAGUAGAGCAUACUGAGAGAGAAGCAAGGUUUGGAUUAAAUCAGGGAAAGCAGGUCAUGGAAAUUCUAAACCUUGCAGGCAGAGAGAGGGGGAUAGAUGGUCUGCAAAGGAAAAUCAUUUUCCCAAGCCAGUCAGCACACAGACCUACUCCUUUUCUGCAGACCAAUUUCCACCAUGCUGCAUCCAAAGUUUAUUUCUCCUGCUUCUUUCUGGAAGGUUGUAGUUCUGGCAAUAUGCACCACAGGUUCAGCUUCAAUUCUUUGUUUUCCUCAGCUGCAUUUCC